AUGGCGAGCCAUCCCCAGCAAGGUGCUGGCUAUGAUGGCUACGGCCACGGUCAGGGUCAAGGUGGCCACCCCAAUGAUGCCUACUACCAAGAUGGUCAUUACGACGACCAAUAUUAUGAUGAUCGAAAUGGGCACCCAGGUCAAGGAAAUCAAGGAUACUAUGACGAGGCUGGCUACUACAACGCCGAUGCCUCUAAUCCAUACCAGCAAGAUGGUGGCUACUACGAGGGCCACCAGGGCUACCAGCAAGAUGGUUACUACGAUGACCAAUACUAUGAGCAAGGAGCUGCUGGCCAGCACCAAGGUCAAGGCCGAAGACGUGGUCACGACUCUGAAGAGGACUCUGAGACGUUCAGUGAUUUCACAAUGAGAUCUGAUAUGGCUCGAGCUGCAGAGAUGGACUACUAUGGGAGAGGUGACGAGAGAUACCACAGUGGCUAUGGCAAUGGCUACCGUCCACCUUCGUCUCAAAUUUCCUACGGUGGCAACCGAUCAUCAGGCGCUUCGACGCCAAUCUAUGGCAUGGACUACAACAAUGCGUUGCCUGCCGGUCAAAGAUCAAGAGAACCUUAUCCAGCUUGGUCCUCCGACGCUCAAAUUCCUCUAUCAAAGGAGGAGCUAGAAGACAUCUUUCUGGAUCUGACAGCUAAAUUCGGGUUCCAGCGAGAUAGCAUGCGAAACAUGUACGACCACAUGAUGACCCUGCUCGAUUCACGAGCUUCGCGCAUGACGCCCAACCAGGCCCUGCUUUCUCUCCACGCUGAUUACAUCGGAGGCGACAAUGCCAAUUAUCGAAAGUGGUACUUUGCUGCUCACCUCGAUCUCGAUGACGCGGUUGGGUUCGCCAACAUGAAGUUGGGCAAGGCGAAUCGUCGUACACGCAAGGCACGCAGAGCUGCGCAGAAGAAAGCCAAGGAGAACCCGACCAACGAAGAAGCUACCCUCGAAGCUCUCGAGGGUGAUAACUCUCUGGAGGCUGCUGAAUACCGAUGGAAGACACGCAUGAACAAGAUGUCUCAACACGACCGCGCCAGACAAAUUGCAUUGUACCUACUUUGCUGGGGCGAAGCAAACCAGGUCAGGUUUAUGCCUGAAGCCUUGUGCUUCAUCUUCAAAUGUGCAGAUGACUACCUGCACUCUCCUGCUUGCCAGAACCGAGUUGAACCAGUCGAGGAAUUCACUUACCUCAACGAUGUGAUUACUCCUCUGUACACCUACUGCCGUGACCAAGGCUACGAAAUCGUCGACGGCAAGUAUGUUCGACGAGAGAGAGACCACAACCAGAUCGUUGGUUACGACGACAUGAACCAGCUCUUCUGGUAUCCUGAGGGCAUUGAGCGAAUCGUCAUGGAGGAUAAGAGCCGCAUUGUCGAUUUAACCCCUGCCGAGAGGUAUUUGAAGCUGCGUGAGGUGAACUGGAAGAAGGUCUUCUUCAAGACUUACAAGGAGACCAGAUCAUGGUUCCACAUGGUUUGCAACUUCAACCGUAUUUGGGUCAUCCACGUCACAACCUUCUGGUUCUACACCGCCUUCAACUCUCCCACCCUUUACACGUCGAACUACCAGCAACAACUCAACAACAGACCGAAGCCUGCCAUUCAAUGGUCCGUGGUCGCCCUCGGCGGAGCAGUCGCAUGUCUUAUUCAGAUAUUCGCUACUAUCUGCGAGUGGCUCUACGUGCCGCGGAGAUGGGCUGGAGCACAACAUCUUACGAAGCGACUUCUUUUCCUCAUUGCCAUGCUCGUUGUCAACAUUGGACCUAGUGCCUACAUCUUUUUCGUCAACAGCGACGACAGAAUUGCUUUGAUACUGGGAGUAGUGCAGUUCUUGAUUGCCUUGGGAACGUUCUUCUUCUUCUCGAUCAUGCCUCUUGGUGGUCUUUUCGGAAGCUACUUGACACGAAAUUCUCGACAGUAUGUUGCCAGUCAAACAUUCACGGCCUCGUAUCCUCGUCUCAAGGGUAACGAUAUGUGGAUGUCUUACGGUCUUUGGGUUCUCGUGUUCGCUGCUAAGCUUUCGGAGUCGUACUUCUUCUUGACGCUAUCUUUCAGAGAUCCCAUCAGAAUCCUCUCCUACACUGAGAUCCGACACUGCGCCGGAGAUGCAAUCAUUGGAACCGUUCUGUGCAAGUACCAACCACAGAUCUUGCUCGGAAUUAUGUUCUUUACUGAUCUAACACUGUUCUUCCUGGAUACCUAUUUGUGGUAUAUCAUCUGGAACUGUGUCUUCUCGGUUGCAAGGUCGUUCUAUCUGGGUGUAUCGAUCUGGACUCCAUGGCGAAACAUCUUUUCUCGACUGCCCAAGCGUAUUUACUCGAAGAUAUUGGCAACGACGGACAUGGAAAUUAAGUACAAGCCUAAGGUCCUUAUUUCACAGGUCUGGAAUGCUAUCGUCAUUUCCAUGUACCGAGAACACUUGCUGGCCAUCGACCAUGUACAGAAGCUUCUUUACCACCAGGUUCCAUCGGAGCAAGAAGGAAAGCGCACCCUUCGCGCACCAACCUUCUUUGUCUCGCAGGAAGAUCACUCCUUCAAGACAGAGUUCUUCCCAGCUCAAAGCGAAGCUGAACGACGUAUAUCCUUCUUCGCUCAGUCCUUGUCAACACCGAUUCCUGAGCCGUUGCCGGUCGACAAUAUGCCAACCUUUACUGUUCUCAUUCCUCAUUACAGCGAGAAGAUUCUUCUUUCUCUACGCGAGAUCAUUCGUGAGGACGAGCCAUAUUCUCGGGUCACCUUGCUCGAAUACCUCAAGCAGCUGCAUCCUCACGAAUGGGAUUGUUUCGUAAAAGACACCAAGAUCCUCGCCGAUGAGACAUCGCAAUUCAAUGGUGACUAUGAGAAGGCUGAGAAGGACACUGCAAAGAGCAAGAUUGACGAUCUGCCGUUCUACUGCAUCGGUUUCAAGUCUGCCGCUCCCGAAUACACACUGCGAACACGAAUCUGGGCAUCUUUACGUGGUCAGACUCUUUACAGAACUAUCUCUGGUUUCAUGAACUACAGCCGUGCCAUCAAGCUGUUGUACCGCGUGGAGAACCCUGAGGUCGUGCAGAUGUUUGGUGGUAACUCUGAUAAGCUUGAACGCGAACUCGAGCGUAUGGCUCGACGCAAAUUCAAGAUUGUGGUGUCUAUGCAGCGUUAUGCCAAGUUCAAGAAGGAUGAAAGAGAAAACACUGAGUUCCUCCUUCGAGCUUACCCCGAUCUUCAGAUUGCUUAUCUCGAUGAAGAGCCACCGGCCAACGAGGGCGAAGAGCCACGACUUUACUCUGCACUGAUCGACGGACAUUCUGAAAUUCUCGAGAACGGCAUGCGUCGACCUAAAUUCCGAAUUCAGCUCUCUGGUAAUCCAAUUCUUGGUGAUGGCAAGUCCGACAAUCAGAAUCACGCUAUCAUCUUCUACCGUGGUGAAUACAUCCAACUCAUCGAUGCUAACCAAGACAACUACCUGGAAGAAUGCCUCAAGAUCCGUAGUGUACUGGCCGAGUUCGAGGAGAUGACCACCGAGAAUGUCUCCCCAUAUACUCCUGGUGUACCUCAGCCAAAGACAAACCCUGUGGCCAUCCUAGGUGCUCGCGAGUAUAUCUUCUCUGAGAACAUUGGUGUCCUUGGUGACGUCGCAGCUGGCAAGGAACAAACGUUUGGUACUCUGUUCGCUCGUACUUUGGCUCAAAUCGGUGGAAAACUGCACUACGGCCAUCCUGACUUCCUCAAUGGUAUUUUCAUGACCACUCGUGGUGGUGUGUCGAAAGCACAGAAGGGCUUGCAUCUCAACGAGGACAUCUACGCUGGAAUGAACGCUCUCAUCCGUGGUGGUCGCAUAAAGCACUGCGAAUACUACCAGUGCGGUAAAGGACGUGAUCUCGGCUUUGGUUCCAUUCUCAACUUCACAACAAAGAUCGGUACUGGCAUGGGUGAGCAGAUGCUUUCUCGAGAAUACUAUUACCUCGGUACUCAGCUUCCUCUGGAUCGAUUUUUAUCCUUCUACUAUGCUCAUCCUGGUUUCCACAUCAACAACAUCUUCAUCAUGCUUUCGGUGCAAAUGUUCAUGAUCUGUUUGAUCAACUUGGGCGCCCUCAAACACGAGACAAUUCUUUGUCGAUACGACCGAGACGUGCCAAUCACAGAUCCAUUGUACCCAACCGGAUGCGCCAACCUCGUACCAAUUCAAGAAUGGAUUGAGCGAUGCAUCGUCUCUAUCUUCAUCGUCUUCUUCAUCUCCUUCGUGCCUCUGGUCGUCCAGGAGUUGACUGAGCGAGGUUUCUGGCGUGCAGCAACACGUCUAGCCAAGCAUUUCGCCUCGGCAUCUCCUGUCUUCGAAGUGUUCGUCUGCCAGAUCUACUCCAGCUCGCUCCAUCAGGAUCUAUCGUAUGGUGGUGCACGAUAUAUUGGUACUGGCCGUGGUUUUGCCACAGCGCGAAUUCCAUUCGGUGUUCUCUACUCUCGAUUCGCUGGACCAUCGAUUUACCUUGGAGCUCGAUCACUUCUCAUGUUGCUCUUCGGUACCAUGACUGUCUGGUCCGGCUGGCUAGUCUGGUUCUGGAUUUCCUGCUUGGGACUGUGUAUCUCUCCGUUCAUCUUCAACCCACAUCAGUUCGCCUGGACCGAUUUCUUCAUCGAUUAUCGCGACUAUCUUCGAUGGCUGUCUCGAGGCAACUCCCGAUCGCAUGCAUCCUCGUGGAUUGCCUUCUGCCGACUUUCUCGCACACGAAUCACCGGUUUCAAGCGCAAAGCUCUGGGAUCUCCAUCCGAGAAGCUAUCUGGUGAUGCCCCAAGAGCACGCAUCGGCAGCAUUUUUUUCAGUGAGAUUGUUGGUCCUAUCGUUUUGGUUGCUGUAACUCUCAUCCCAUAUCUCUUCAUCAAUGGUCAGGUUGGUGUGGAAGACCCAGAGCCUGCAACAAACUCACUGAUCCGUGUUGCUGCUGUUGCUUUUGGACCCAUUGCAGUUAACGCAGGUGUUCUGGCAGCAUUCUUCGGUAUGGCAUGCUGCAUGGGACCUUUGCUCAGCAUGUGCUGCAAGAAGUUCGGAUCUGUCCUGGCUGCUAUCGCACACGGUAUCGCAGUAUUCAUGCUACUUGCCUUCUGGGAGGUCAUGUUCUUCCUUGAAGGUUGGCAAUUCUCCAAAGCACUUCUGGGCAUGGUUGCAGUAGUUGCUCUUCAACGAUUUGUGUACAAGCUCAUCAUUGCACUGGCACUCACGCGAGAGUUCAAGGGCGACCAAUCAAACAUAGCAUGGUGGACUGGUAAGUGGUACUCACUUGGAUGGCACACAAUAUCACAACCAGGACGAGAGUUCCUCUGCAAGAUCACCGAGUUAGGUUUCUUCGCUGCCGACUUCAUCCUCGGCCACAUCAUCUUGUUUGUGAUGUUGCCUGCUCUUUGUGUUCCAUACAUCGACAAAUUCCACUCAGUCAUGUUGUUCUGGUUACGACCAAGUCGACAGAUUCGACCUCCUAUCUACUCGAUCAAGCAGUCACGGCUGAGGAAGCGACGUGUCAUCCGAUACGCCACUCUCUAUUUCGCUCUUCUGGUGCUGUUCCUGAUUCUCUUCGUGGGCCCUGUCAUUGUCAGUCGCUUCAUCGACUUACAAAUCAGCAUUCCUCUCGACCUCAUGCAGCCAACAGGACAAAACAACAACGACACAUUCUCGUCUGUGACUGGAUCUGCACUUGUCAACUUUGGUCAAGGCGCAGCCCCAACUGGUGGCUCUGGUGGUAGUGGCAGCGGUGGUGGUGGCGGUGGUGGCGGUAGUGCUGCAUCGUCGUCGGCUGACAGUAAUGAUGCACCAUUCAGCUUUGGAGGAAGAAUGGCAGUCCGAUGGGCAACCAUCGCAUAG